AUGGAGCAGAUCAAGUUUGAAGAUUACCUGUCCAUCACUAGUGUCACUUUUGAAUGGGCGGACAGCUAUGACAAUAAGGACUGGGACCGACUUCGUAAAAUUUUGGCGUCGACUUUGCUGAUUGAUUACAGUAUUGUUGGGCAUCAAUGCUUCCCUGAGAUGCCCCAGGAUGAAUUUGUCGCGAUGAUGAGCGCCCCCACCUUCCUUGGUGACCCGCUUGUGCGUACGCAGCAUCUUAUGGGAGCCACGAGAUAUGAAGUUAUUUCCGACACGGAAAUCGUUGGACAUCACCAAAUUCGUGCAGCUCACCAGCGAUACAAGGACCUGGAUAGUAAAGAGGUGGAGUAUAGAGGUCAUGGUCAUUCUAAGGUGAAACACUGGUACCGGAAGGAGGGUGGGGUAUGGAAACUUUCUGGGGUCUGUCCACAAGUAUACUGGAACGAGUAUGACUUUGAUAAAAUCUUUCCUCAAUUGUCGGCUGCUCAUUGA